CAUAGAUCUUUUCCAUUUUAUUUCAAUGUUUGACGGUAACAUUGGAAGUGAUAGAAAAAUGAUAACGGGGGCUACCCUAAAUGUGUGUCAUCAAUCUAUAUUGAGUGAUUUGUCUGUUUUAUGUUUCUUCCUGUUAAUGUCUAAAAGCAAUUAAUAACAAAUUGAAUAAUAAUUUGAAGGAAUUGAAAUUCGUAAUAACUCAACCUAAUGUAACAGUGUCAUCGUGAUUUCUAAUAAUCCAAUUAUUAUUAUUCUUUUUAAAUUCAUACGUAAUGUUUUUUUUUUAUUGAAAUGCGAGCAAAUAGAAAAGACGUUGGUUGUUCAUAUGUUUUUUUAGUGUUUAUUAGAAAAUGAGUGUGAUUACAGUUGAAAUUCAUGGAAAUGCUGUUACACUUUUUAGUGAUUAUCAUAUUUUGAAAUUGUAUUUUCACUUUUGUUAAUUGCAUCAUUACAAUAUGAAUGAUAUGGAACAAUCUGAUAAUUCAGAUAGUGAGAAACAUGGCAAUUAUUAUGCCUUAUUAGUUGCAUUUAAAACUAUGAAUGAACGUUGUCAACAAUUAGAGACAAGAUUAGCCACUGUUGAAGAAGAAAAUAUGUGCUUGAGACUUGAAUGCACAAAGAAUGAAUCUACAGCUAUUAUGAAAGUUGAUGAUAAUGAAAAAACUAUUAUGCAAACCUUGAAGGAAAAAGUGGAGGAGCUUAAGAAACAAAAAUCUCAACUCACUCAUCAAGUUUUUAUGGUGGCAGCAGAAAAUCGACAGUUGUGGAAUAGAUUAUCCAAAUUAACAAGAACCAAUAAAUCCUUAGGAAGUCAAUUAACAAAAAUUUCUGAUACGCUUAAGCAACAUUCUCCAGCACAACCUUCAGACAUUGUGUCUUAUAAUUUCCGUGAUAUUUCUAGUAAAGAGGAUAACAAUCAAUGUUUGUUAGCGACAAACAAUGAUGGUUGAAUUACAAAAUAGUACAGAACCAGAUUUAAGAAAUAUUGGUUUUACUUAUCCUGAGGAUUCAGAUACAGAUUUAGAAUUAUUGAAACAACAUGAUAUUAGACUGUCACAAAUGAAAAGCACUUUAUUAGUGCAACAAACGAAACUAAAAAGAGCACUCCAAAAUUUCAAAAAGAAAAAAGAAGAGCAUGGUGCAACUCAAACCAGUCUUCAAACUCCGAGCCUAUCUUUAGAAAAGUGUUCCAAUUCAGCAGAUAAUACCGACCAAGACAAUAAAAUUUGUCCGUUAUGUGGAUCGUUAUAUGGAAAAACUGUCACAUUUGAAGAAUUUCAUGAACAUGUUCUGAGUCAUUUUAAUAAAGAAAUAACUGUAGAUGGUUUUGAAAUUCUUCACUAAUGAUUGUGUAAAAUGGGGUUUAUAAUAUGAGUAGUAUCUUUAAUUUUAUAGAGUUUUAUAUAUUAUAUUUUUCUUUUUUUAAGAUAAAGGUAAGCUAUUUGUAAAUACGAUAGUUUUACAAACCGUGAAAACUGUAUUAAGUACAAUUAACAAAACUAGACAUGUUUUUUAUUAUUGAAUUUUAUAAAUUGUUGACUCGGAGAAGAUUUAAUGAAAACAAUUAUCAUAUAUGAAAAUAAUGAUUUAAUACAUAAAAAUAGCAAAAAAUGUGAUUGUCAUCUAUAUUAUACUUAUUUUUAUGUUCAUUAAUUAUAGAGAUCAAGAAGAGAUAUAGAAUAUUAUAAAGAUAUUUAUAAUUGUAAAAAUGUCACAUUUAAAAAUAAAACAAGAAUUGUCCAUAGUUUAUUCUGUUUAAAUUUAUUUAAUAUAAACAAGAAUUGCAUAUUAAUAUAAAUAAUUAUUUACUUAUUCUUAACAUCUUUUGAUUCAGGUUCUAAGUUUUGUUCAGAAUCAGGUAAUUCUUUUGCUGUUGGUUGAAGUAAAUUUGUAUGGAACCAAUCAGGCCUCUUUUUAGGUAAUUCUAUGAUUCUUUGUUUCUAUACAAAGAUAUAAUUUAAAUGUAAAAUGUAAAUUAUAUAUAAAAAUCAGAUGAAAUAUCUUAUGUAUUAUACAAUAUGCAUGUAAAUACCUUCCAAAAGUCAUUUUCUAGCUUUUCUUUUUCUCCUUCAUACAACACUAUAACAUCUUGUUCAACAGGCUGUAAUCGCAAUGAUUUUUGUAUAGCUAUUUGCAUUUCUUUUGUUUCUUUUUUUACUAUUUCGUAACAGUACCCUGUUAAAAUUGAAGAAAGUGAUAUAUGUGAUAAUAGAUAUAAGAUAAUUGUUUAAUAAAUUAUAAUUUUUUGUACGUAAAUUAUAUAUGUUACCACAAAGUGUAUUAGCUUCAUAAUCAUGACCACAUUUUCUACACAUUAAGAUAUUUGUUUUCGGUACAUGAGGUUUCCAAUGAUAUUCAGGAAUACCAUAUCUUCUAUUAAGACGUUUUUCUAAAGAUCGUCGUUUUUUAGGUACAGCCCAUAAAAUUGUUUCAUUUAGGAUAUCCUUUAUAGAUUGUCUAGGAAAUUGAACAGGCUGCGCUUGAUUUAUAACAUUGUAUUCGAUGGCAUAUAAAUAACCUAAAUGAAGUAUUGAUGGUAUUAAUGAUAAAUAAUUUAUUAUAUUUGUUAACAAUUUAUUGAUAAUAAAUAUUUUGAAAAGGUUAGAAACAGUAAAAAAAAUAUACACAUCUCACUUUUGACUUAUCUAGAUAAUCAAACGCAAGGUAUACUACAGAAAUAUUCUUUCUAUUACCUGGUGGAAAACUGCGAUCCAAUAUAGUGUUAAUUACUUGAUUAAAUGUUUUAAAUGCUCGGUAAAACCUAUCGAAAAUAUUGUACGCCAUGUUUAAAUACCAUUGAUUAUAAAAGUUAACACAGAUUGAAAGCAGGAUGUGGUGUUAGAAUUAAUUCUUAAAAGAUAGAAAGUCAUAAAAUUUAUUUGAUUUCUACAUAUAGUUCUUUUUACUUAAAUUAUAAAUUUAACGGUUUUACAAAUUAAUUUAAUAUGUCACAAGAGAAUAAAAUUCUUGUGAAAUUUCUAGUAUGAAAAAUAAGAUAAAUUAUCACAGAAAAUAUUUCGAUUCACGAAAGGUGUUUUAAUUUGUAUACUACAAAUAAUUCAAGAAUGUAAUUGAGAUAAUUGAUAUCUUUUAUAAGUAAAUAACAGAAACAUCAAUUAGAGGUCGCUAAUAGAUUUUGAAUAUAAUAUUGUUUUAAAAGUUUAUUAAUAUUUUGUUGGAGAAUAUUCGAUGAUUAAAAUUACUUAUAAUUUUUUAGCAAUGUCUUGAUUAA